AUGCCCCCAGCCCCGAAGUCCAGCAAAGUUCUGGGGAAGAAGAAGAAACAAGGUGCUAAGAGCAAAUCGGUGAUCAAGAAAGGUCGAAAAUCUGGAGCAAAAUCAGCAUUGGCGAAAAAGGACAAGAAGAAAGGACUUGGAGGCUCGAUCCUAUCAAAGAAAUCCCUUCUGAGCAGAGCCGGAGGGCGACGGGAACUUGGGGGGAGCAAGCUCCUCGGGAAUGUCAAACUGGGGAAAUUGAAGAAGUCACAAUUAGUUCAGAAGCCAAUGUUAGAAGGUACGAAAAGGACUGCGCCAGCGCCCAUGCUCAGGAACCCCACUACGGCGCAGCAACCGGCCUCCUCGAAACAACAGCCCCAACAAGAACAGCGGCAGCAGCCGCAGCAGCAGCAAUACUCGCGAUCGCAGCAGCAACAGUACCAGCAACAACAACAGCAACAAAUGAUGCAACAAUAUCCGCCGGGCUAUCCUGGUCAGGGGUUCCCUCAACCGAACGGUUACGGCGGCUAUCCGCCGAUGCCAGGGCAGGGAUUCGCAGAUCCUUCACAAGUACAACCUGAGUACCAGCAGCAAGCGCCGGGCAUGCCUCCUGCUGAAUGGAGUCCCGAGCAACAGAGUUUUGUCGAUCCCUCCCAACAAUAUCCCGGUCAAGCACCGAACAACUACAUGGGUUACAACCCCUAUGAGGCGCCCCAGGGAGGGUUCCAAGGUCAAGACCCCGGCUAUGCCAAUCCUUACGGAGCGCCUCCGUACGAUCCGAAUGCUUUCGACGCGAACGUCCCGAUGACCGGACAGCAACCACCCAUGGGCGGCCCUGUGCCGGAUUGGGAUCCUUACAACGUUUACAAUCCCUGA